CAACAUCCUCCAGCAUGAGCGCGUUCUCCUCAUCUCGUCUGUCGGUGGUCCGUGCGAGUGAGAGAGAAAUGAGAAAUGAGGAAGACGGAUUGUUUGAUCUUAUUGUUUCUCUUUGAGAACACAAAAAUACUCGACGAGGAAGGCGAGAAGAUGCUUAUAGUAGAAGUUCGAAGGAAGAAGAGCAUAGCCCACCACCGUUUGAGCCACGCUCAAGGCCAGAGAAUACCGCUUAUAUCAUCCUGCCUCCUGAAUUAGCACACGGUUCUCACAACUGUUUUUAUGAAUUUCACAACCC